CAAACAAAGCACAAGGAACAGGUUACUUAACUGGAACAUUAUCAUUUCAUUUACAGUUGGGGACUCGCGUCUGUGAUAAAAAUGAAACCAGAUGGACUGAGCGCUGUGUGGAGCAGACAGGUUGCAUUUCAGAACAGCCAGCCAUCGCUCCGCUCCGCUCCUCUCCUCUCCGCUCCGCAGCGCCCCGCCCCGGCCGUGCCGCUGCACUGCGAGGAACCGCUCUCUCUGAGUGUGUAUGUGUGUGUGUGUGUGUGUGUAUGUGUGUGCGACCGGUGACCGACUGCCGCUGAAGAGACAACACCGCUGUCUGCGCUCAGCCUGACCUGCGACUGGCAAUGGACUACAUGAACAACGCCUCGAACAGCUACAGUUCUGGAGACACCAUGAGCGCCUCCCUAGCCAACAUGACCAUCAACGACCAGCACCACCAGGAGAACGGAGUCCAGAUGGGACACAGAAGCCCUGGAGACGCCAAAAUGAAAGAAAAUGAAGCAGAUCUCCGUGAAAAUGGGGUGAAACCUGUGUCUGAACACUCUCAGCCAGAGAGCUGUGACGACGAGGUGCAACCUGCGGAGGCAUCUGCAGAGACAGGUGGUGUUGAAGUUGUGUCUGAGCUCUCAGAGAUAGAGAGCGCCUCAUGUGAAGACGAGGGGCAGCUUGCAGCAGGAGCAGCAGCUUCAACAGCUCAAGCAAAGAUGGAUAACGGCUCCUCGGAGAAGACUCAAACUGCCAUCAAACCAACCUCUUCCCUUAAAAGACCAUCCGUAGUCACCAAGGGCAACAAAACACACGCUUCCUCCCGAAACGGCCACAGCUCCAUCCCCAUUAAAACCAGCAGCACAGGGCCCAGGCAGCCCGGAGUAAGUACAGGUCUGAAUUCAGCCCAGGGAGCCAAAACUUCUGCAAGAACUCCGGCUCAACCAGCUAGUGUCAAGAAACCUCCCACUCCAAAAAAUGAAAAAGAUGCCAAGAGUGGACAGAGCAGCCCUGGUACUCCCAAAUCCCCCUCUAGCCAAGCAAAGGCAGCAGCUGAGGCCAACAAAGUGAAGAAGGUUGCGGUGGUGCGCUCUACACCCAAAUCCCCUGGCUCGCUGAAGAGCCGCCCACCGGCUCCUCUGGCUGCCGCAGCGCCGAUGCCGGACCUGAAGAACGUCAGAUCCAAGAUCGGCUCCACAGACAACAUCAAACACCAGCCUGGAGGUGGAAAGGUACAAAUCCUUGAACAGAAGGUGGAUUAUAGUAAUGUCCAGUCUAAGUGUGGCUCCAAAGACAAUAUCAAACAUGUACCCGGUGGCGGCAAUGUCCAAAUCCUCGAUAAGAAGUUGGAUUUAACUAACGUCCAAGCUCGCUGUGGCUCUAAAGACAACAUAAAGCACACGCCUGGUGGAGGCAAGGUACAAAUUCUUGAUAAGAAGUUGGACUUAAGCAAUGUGCAGUCCCGGUGUGGCUCCAAAGAUAAUAUAAAACAUGUACCCGGUGGUGGCAAUGUUCAGAUUGUGCACAAAAAGAUCGACUUGAGCAGCGUUACAUCUAAAUGUGGAUCGAAAGCCAACAUUCAUCACAAACCAGGUGGUGGAAAUGUGGAGAUCAAAAAUGAGAAGCUGGAGUUCAAAGUCCAGUCCAAGAUCGGCUCUCUGGACAACAUCGGCCACGUUCCUGGUGGAGGACAGAGAAAGAUUGAGAGCCACAAACUGACCUUCCGCGAGACGGCCAAGGCCCGCACUGACCACGGUGCCGAGAUCGUCUCCUUGGAAGACUCCCCCCACCAGCUCAGCACCGUGUCCUCCUCCGGCAGCAUCAACAUGGCCGACUCCCCGCAACUCUCCACGCUGGCCGACCAGGUGUCCGCCUCUCUGGCCAAACAAGGCUUGUGAAUGCACCCACCUCCACCCUCCACCUUCCACCUCAACAACCACAAAAAAAAAACAAAAACAAAAACACGACCACAUAGAGGAGUUGUGAUGCCUUCCUCCUUAUUUUCACAGGACUUUUUUAGCUACCCAUCACUGUUUAUCCUUCACUAACCUUUGAAACUGCUCUCAAGCCAUUACUAGUAGAGUAAUGAGAAAAAAAAACAGAUUAACAAGUAGGCCAAAAUGUAUUUAAUUACUCUCUGUGGUCUUUGAUCUCUAUGAUUUCUACCUUUUGUAAGUGUCCCUUUUAAGAGUUAAAGCACCCCAGCAGAGCAAAAUUCUCCUUGUGAAUCUGAGGAAUCAUUUUAUCUUUACACAUAUCCUGGUGAAUCUGGUUUUAAGACUUGGUUUCCUGUCACACUGACUGUUAAACCAUUUUAGAAGGUUAUGUUUUCAAUGUCCCCCCUUGAUGGGUGUCUCCUGAUAGUUUUUUUUAAAUAUAUAUGAAUAAAAAUACAGAACUGGAAAGUGGAGGGAAAUGCAGGCUGCUGGGGUCCAGUUUGUGCUAAAGCAGAAGGAACAGUUAACAGGGUAAAAAGGGUGAGGGGGUGCGUGAGGAAAACUGUUAAAAAGAAAAGUAGCAAAUUUCUUGUCAAGGCAGAAAAAAUGCUUUCAGACCUCACUGCUGUCUUUUGCUUCGUGUAGUCCCGACAUGUACCGCACCUCGAGCUACUGUAGGUGACGGGGGUGUAACCUGGAUUUUAAAAAAACAGCUAGAGUAGAAACUUUGGUUUGUGUUGGGCACAGUUUUAUAAUCGUAUUCUGUGGAUAUAUGACAUGUAUUUGAUAUGAAGAAACAUUUGUAUUGUGCCUGCUACUGUCAGUGUUAAUUAAUUUUUUUUUGUUGUUACUGCUCUAUUGUAAAUGCGCUAAAGCCUAAAGCUUCGACGUAUGACGAGGAGGUAAAUUAACCUUAAAAUGUAACUUUCAUGGCCAAAUUAUCAAGAGACAGAACAAGUUCAUCAGCUCAGCUCAGCAUUAAUCACAGUAUUUAAACUCCUGUAUGCACUUAACGGUAGGUAGAAUAAUGUUCAUCGCAGUUAUUCAGAAGUCUUAAAGUGAGGCUACGCAACUUUUGCAAAACAGAGGACACUACUUAAGAGAUAUGCUGCCUUUGAAUGGAAGUCGUCAGCUCAUGGUUAUGGCAUGGAAAGUUGUGUAGUUGUUAUGCUUGGCGUUUAAGUGGUUAGUGCCUCGUAUCCACACAGCUGUUUUCUUUCCAGAAUUUGCCUCUUGUACAUUGAAAAUUUUUUUUGCCAGACUUCAGGACAUAUGCGUAUCUGUGUGUCACAGGAAGUUAGCAUAAAAACAAAUUGCUUGACUUUGAUGACAUAUUUAGCUAGCUGUGCAACUGCAUGCUAACUGGUCAAAACAUAAAAUAUUUCUCAAAAUUGGCGACAAACCUUGCAGACCAACCUCUUCACAAAAUGAGUGUUUAAAUGGACAUUUCUAUGUCUUUAGAGAACUGCAUUUCCUUGCAUUGAACACUAGGGGGUGUACUGAAUUAUGGACUCAAAACAAAACUGUGGAAACUAGGUUUAAGUCAAGAGAAUGCCACUGCAAGGGAGAUUCCGAGCUCUGAGGUCUGAGGUUGAGAGUACCACAAUAGGGCGGCAUACGUAUAGACUUGUGAAGAUGGCAAACAUGACCCCAUUUGAAGGCAGCAAUAAUGCUAAAUGCUAUCACUAAUAUUUAGCAUUUGGUCAAUAUGCUAAGCUGUUUUAACAGGAGCACAAGUGUGGAAGAAAUAGCUUGCUGCUAACGUUAGCUAAAAGUAGCCACUGUGUGUAAGAGGAAGGUUGUGUUACAUCUUCUCUCAAAAGUUACAUAGUCACGCUUUAAGGGGUUGGAAACUAGUAUUUUAAAAUGUACUCCUGCAGGAAUGAGGAUGGAUGGAUGAAUGAUGGUUGGAUGAUUGGGCCAAGUUGAGAUGAGGGAUUUGGAGAGCUGCUGCUAAAAAGUGAGCAGCAAGAGAAACUGUACAGCAUUGAGUUCUAAGCACCUGUACCUGUGCACUGAACAUACAGAAGACAGGAAUCGUCAGGAUGUGACUCAGCUGGUUGCUUUGCUUUCCUGGCAAAGAAACAGCACCACGUGGCCAAAAGUAUGAGGACAGAUGAAUUUUUGGUGAUUGCGAGCAUCUCUAUCCAAAAUCAUGAGCAUUAAUCUGGUGCUAUAACAACGAUGUGUGACACAUUAUUUGAUCUUCAAACAUACCCUGAUAAAUCUGACAUCAUUUAAGGCUUGAUUUCCUGCCACAUUAACUCUUAACCCUUUAGGAGGUUGUUUUUAAUGUCCCCAUUAACCUCCCUGUUUUAUUUAUUCAUGUUUUGAUAUGACUCAGUCUAAUUAGAGGAAAACUCAACAUGAUAUGGUGCAGCUGCUUUCCGGUUAAUCAUCUCUUGACCUCUUUAAAUGAUUUCACGACCCCUAGUGGGGAGUCUCAUCCCUGAUUUUGGGAACCACUGGAUAUAAAAGUACUGCACCCCAGACCAGAAAGGCAUGUUCACAUACUUUUGGCCACAUGGUGUAUUUCAUAUAUAGGAAUAUUAGGGGAGAUUUUGAAGGAGGUCAGGUGGACUAACAUUUACUUUUCUGUGAAGUGUUAUUGUAUUUAAAAGAAACAAAAUGCAACCAGCUGGAGAUUUAUCACCAGUUUCCUGUUUCUCUGAAUUUGUAAUAACAUGUUCCCUUAUUUAAAAUACACUCAGUCCAUGUCCUAAUGUUGAUCAAUAUUCCCAGUUACUUGCAUUUAAUGAGUGAACUUCUUGCAUGCGUCUCAUGUAAGAGAGCGCCAUCUGCUUGUUGCCUCCCCCCUUCACAAAGUGGUCUCUUUGUAUAUCCUGUUUGUAUAUGCGUUCUGAAAUUGGAAGGAUACGGACUUAAAAAAAAAAAAAAAAAAGUGUGUUUGAGUGUGUGGGUGGUGCUAACCUUCACUCACAGGUCGUUAUAACGAGUCAGGACGUCCCACACUUUGCUCCCAGACUGUGUAUGUUUCACGUUACUGCCAACAUAGAUAAAAAACAGUAUUUUAUCUCUAUGGUUGCAAAAAGACGCUAAUUUAAUUUAAAGAACAAACACAUAGGACUUCAUAAGAGUGCGCUUGCAAUGUUAUCUGCAUGCUACAGUAAAUUCUCGGUUCCUAUUUUCCCCUUUGAACCAGUAGACCACUUUUGUCUCGGUGUGCAGGACAGACAUGAGAACGCUGAGGGAUGGGAGUUGAUCCCCAAAGCGUGCGAUAAAAGUUUCUUUGCACUGGAACUGUUUGGAGAAGAGACGUCUCUGCAGAAAGAAAAACUCCCAUCACCCUUUUUAUUUCUUUACUUUUUUCUUUUCUUUCUUUUUUUGGGUUAAUUAAUUCUGACGCUGUACAGUUGUGGAAAUGUGAUUGUUCUCGUUAUUGUGCAUUUUAUCAAUAACUGGUUUAUGAUGAUUCUUGUUGCUGUAUAUGUGUAUUUGAAAAUAAAUGCUAUGAAGUCACA